GCGGGGCCUUGCUGGGCAGAGACCGCGGCGGGGGGAGCCGCCCCUCUCCUCUGUCCAGGCACUGGGUGGUCCAUCCCCCAGGUCACCGGUCACUGCCUCUCUCCCAAAUUCCUCCCAGGGAUUCCCGAGGAGUGCGCUCGGACUGGGGGGUUGAGCAGGAACUCCCUCCCAGUCACCCGAGGCUCCUGCGCCCCGCCCGAAGCCGGGGGUGCGUGGGGAGUGGUGCGCCCGCGGAAGGGCUCCGGGACGGGAACCCCACUUGGAGCCUGGCUCUUGGACCAGCCACCCGCGGUGGCCCCUAAGUCGGGGACGCGGGCCCCCAGAAGUCUGGGGCUCUCCAGGAAGCGAAGCGGAUGGAAGAUUACUCGGCUCGGGGUCCUGGGUCCCCACCCCCGCCCCGCCCCGCCCCCGGGCCGCAGCGUCACAAAGGCCGCUGGUCCCCAGGGCAACCCGCGGAGUGCGGAGGGAGGCUGGGCUCUGGGAAGUCCGCGCGCGGCUCCGCUUCAGAGGCAGGCUCCCGGAUCAUGAGCGCCCAUGUGGCAGGCCUGGGCCUGGACAAGAUGAAGCUGGGCAAUCCCCAGUCCUUCCUGGACCAGGAGGAGGCAGAUGACCAGCAGCUGCUGGAGGCAGAGGCGUGGAGGACCUACACCAAGCGCCGCGAUGCCCUGCGUGAGUUCCUGACCUCGGACCUGAGCCCGCACCUGCUUAAGCGCCACCACGCCCGCAUGCAGCUGCUGCGUAGGUGCUCCUACUACAUCGAGGUCCUGCCCAAGCACCUGGCCCUGGGCGACCAGAACCCGCUGGUGCUGCCUAGCGCCUUGUUCCAGCUCAUCGACCCCUGGAAGUUCCAGCGCAUGAAGAAGGUGGGCACAGCUCAGACCAAGAUCCAGCUCCUGCUGCUCGGGGACCUGUUGGAACAGCUCGAUCAUGGCCGUGCUGAGCUGGACGCCCUGCUCCGGUCGCCGGACCCACGGCCCUUCCUGGCCGACUGGGCGCUGGUGGAGCGGCGGCUGGCGGAUGUGUCGGCCGUCAUGGACAGCUUCCUGACCAUGAUGGUGCCGGGGCGGCUGCACGUCAAGCACCGCCUGGUGUCUGAUGUCAGUGCCACCAAGAUCCCGCACAUCUGGCUCAUGCUGAGCACCAAGAUGCCUGUCGUGUUUGACCGAAAGGCGUCGGCGGCUCACCAGGACUGGGCCCGGCUGCGCUGGUUCGUCACCAUCCAGCCGGCCACGUCGGAGCAGUAUGAGUUGCGCUUCAGGCUGCUGGACCCACGGACACAGCAGGAGUGCGCCCAGUGUGGCGUCAUCCCCGUGGCUGCCUGCACCUUCGACGUCCGAAACCUGCUGCCCAACCGAUCCUAUAAGUUCACCAUCAAGAGGGCCGAGACCUCCACGCUGGUGUACGAGCCCUGGAGGGACAGCCUCACACUGCACACCAAGCCGGAGCCCCUGGAGGGGCCCGCCCUCAGCCACUCUGUCUGAGAGAUGAUUUUCUAAUAUUUAUCCACUAAUAAAGAAGAGUGUAAAUGCACAUACAGAAUUAAAGAAGCAAACCUACUUAUGUUUUAAA